AUGGCCAGGACAAUGCUAAAAGAUGCUAACAUGCCCAAUGUUUAUUGGAAAGAGAUUGUGCAUAUUGUUGUCAAUAUUCUUAAUAGAGUGCAGGGCAUUAUUUUUGUUGUAGACAGUGAUGACAGGGAGCGUAUUAGUGAGGCAAAAGAUGUGUUGCACAAUUUGCUGAAAGAGAAAGAGCUAAGAGAUGCUGCUGUUGUUGUGUUUGCAAACAAGAAUGAUUUUCCCAAUGCAAUGAGUGUUUUAGAGAUCACAGAGGAGCUUGAAAUGUCUUCUUUAACUCAACGCCAUUGGCAUGUUCAGAGCUCCUGUGCUACUUCUGGUGAUGGUCUCUAUGAAGGCUUGGAUUGGCUUUCUAAUAAUGUGUAG